CGGGAUAGGGGUCGUGGGCGGGUGGGGCGGCUAGCCUCGUGCGGGCUCCUUAAGCAGCGGCUGCGUGGCUUCCCUGGCACGCUAGUUUUACGACGGCACGGUCAGGUGGUGCAGAGCUGGACGGCAACGACGUCGGACGCGCCCCUUCUUGGAACAAUGUCCCACCACGGAGGAGCUCCCAAGGCCUCUACAAGGGUCGUUGCUAGUCGGCGAAGCUCGACAGUGUCCCGAGCGCCAGAGAGGAGGCCGGCGGAGGAGUUGAAUCGAAGAGGUCCUGAGGGAUAUAGUGUCGGCAGAGGUGGUCGCUGGAGAGGCCCCUCUAGGCCCCCGGAGGCCGUGGCCGCUGGUCACGAGGAACUGCCGCUGUGUUUUGCUUUGAAGAACCACUUUGUCGGCGCGGUAAUCGGUCGUGGUGGGUCAAAAAUAAAGAAUAUAGAAAGUACAACAAACACCACAAUCCAAAUAAUACAAGAACAACCAGAAUCAUUAGUCAAAAUUUUUGGCAGCAAGGCAAUGCAAACAAAAGCAAAAGCAGUGAUAGACAAUUUUGUUAAAAAGCUAGAAGAAAAUUACAAUUCAGAAUGCGGAGUUGAUACUGCAUUCCAACCUUCUGUUGGAAAAGAUGGAAGCACAGAUAACAACGUCGUUGCAGGAGAUCGGCCAUUGAUAGAUUGGGAUCAAAUUAGAGAGGAAGGUUUGAAAUGGCAAAAAACAAAGUGGGCAGAUUUACCACCAAUUAAGAAAAACUUUUAUAAAGAGUCCACUGCCACAAGCGCCAUGUCAAAAGUACAAGCAGAUAGUUGGAGGAAAGAAAAUUUUAAUAUAACGUGGGAUGACUUGAAGGAUGGGGAGAAACGACCUAUCCCCAAUCCUACCUGCACAUUUGAUGACGCCUUUCAAUGUUAUCCUGAGGUUAUGGAAACCAUUAAAAAGGCAGGUUUUCAAAAGCCAACACCUAUUCAGUCACAGGCAUGGCCCAUUGUGUUGCAAGGAAUAGAUCUUAUAGGAGUAGCCCAGACUGGAACAGGAAAGACGUUGUGUUAUUUAAUGCCUGGAUUUAUUCAUCUGGACCUUCAACCCACCCUUAAAGGUCAAAGGAAUAGACCCGGCAUGUUAGUUCUAACUCCCACUCGGGAAUUAGCACUUCAAGUAGAAGGAGAAUGUUGCAAAUAUUCAUAUAAAGGGCUUCGGAGUGUUUGUGUAUAUGGUGGCGGAAAUAGAGAUGAACAAAUAGAAGAGCUUAGAAAAGGUGUAGAUAUCAUAAUUGCAACUCCCGGAAGAUUGAAUGAUCUGCAAAUGAAUAACUUUGUCAAUCUGAAGAAUAUAACCUACUUGGUUUUAGAUGAAGCAGACAAGAUGUUGGACAUGGGAUUUGAACCCCAGAUAAUGAAGAUUUUGUUAGAUGUGCGCCCAGAUAGACAGACAGUUAUGACCAGUGCUACAUGGCCUCAUUCAGUUCAUCGCCUCGCACAAUCUUAUUUGAAAGAACCAAUGAUUGUCUAUGUUGGUACAUUGGAUCUAGUUGCUGUAAGUUCAGUGAAGCAAAAUAUAAUUGUAACCACCGAGGAAGAGAAAUGGAGUCACAUGCAAACUUUUCUACAGAGUAUGUCAUCCACAGACAAAGUCAUCGUCUUCGUUUCUCGAAAAGCUGUUGUGGAUCACUUAUCAAGUGACCUAAUACUUGGAAAUAUAUCAAUAGAGUCUCUGCACGGAGAUAGAGAACAGAGAGAUCGGGAGAAAGCAUUAGAGAACUUUAAAACAGGCAAAGUGAGAAUACUAAUUGCAACUGAUCUAGCCUCUAGAGGACUUGAUGUCCAUGACGUUACACAUGUCUAUAAUUUUGACUUUCCACGGAAUAUUGAAGAAUAUGUACACCGAAUAGGGCGCACGGGAAGAGCAGGGAGGACUGGUGUUUCCAUUACAACUUUGACUAGAAAUGAUUGGAGGGUUGCCUCUGAAUUGAUUAAUAUUCUGGAAAGAGCAAAUCAGAGUAUUCCAGAGGAGCUUGUAUCUAUGGCUGAGAGGUUUAAGGCACAUCAGCAGAAAAGGGAAAUGGAAAGAAAAACGGAAAGACCUCAAGGAAGGCCCAAGAAGUUUCAUUAAUGUCUUCUGUACUAGUGUGGUAGAGAAUUCAAGAUUUUUUAGAAAUAUAGUAAGACGGAAGUAUUGGACAUGUUGGCAGUAUGAAGCGACCAGACUGAUUUGACUGAUUCUUAAAAUAGUAGUGUUUGAAAAUCUAGAAUCCAAUGUUUUAUACUUUCUUUAAUAAAAACAGACGUAUUUAAACUU